AUGGGGAAAGGACCAUUGGAUUUUAUUGAUGUCGAGGAGAGUGAGAAUGACAAGAAGAAGAUAAAGGGCGAUAUAGUCUCAGGGCCCGAGGCAGGCAGAUCCCCGUACAGCAACGAAGAAUACACAGUAGGUUGGGUCUCGACUCACUCUAUAGACAUGGCAGCAGCAAAAGGCAUGCUGGAUGAAGAGCACGGUGAUCCACAAACGCCUCCACAGGAGGCUGAUCACAAUACAUAUCUCCUAGGAUGCAUGCGCGGAUUCAGAGUCGUCAUUGCUUGCUUACCAAAAGAUGAACUAGGCGCUAUCUCUGCAGCCGCUGUAGCAAGAGACAUGCUGUUCACCUUUCCUAACAUCCGAGUUGGACUUACGGUGGGAGUCGGCGCGGGAAUACCUCACUACGAUGAUAAUGAAACGUGCGACAUCCGCUUAGGGGAUGUAGUAAUAGGCAGUGAUAGGGGCUCGAGUGGGGUUAUUGUGUAUGACUUUGGCAAGUGGCUUCCCGAUGGCUCAUUCAAGAAUAUGUAUGCUUUGGAUCGACCGCCCCGACCUUUGCGUGCUGCCCUAGCCAGGAAGGAAGCAGAGCACCAGACUCGUGAAAGUAAGAUCUGUGAAUACGUUGACAAUCCUGCCCAGCAAAUACAUCGACAAGAUCGACUUGACACCUCCCCUGAAAUACAUUAUGGGAUUGUGGCCACAGGAAGUGCAGUGGUGAAACAUGCGCCAACUAGAGAGCAAAUCAAGCAGAGGCAUGGCGCUAUCUGUCUGGAGAUGGAGGCAGCUGGAUUGAUCAAUAACUUCCCCUGCAUCGUCAUCCGCGGGAUAUCUAACUAUGCGGACUCUCAAAAGAACGACCAAUGGCAUGUAUAUGCAGCUUCCACCGCAGCGGCCUGUGCAAAGGAGCUUCUUGGGUUUGUGCAACUGACGACAUUGGAAGCGGAACGUAAAGGGAAGGAUGUGCUCCAGAUACUUAACAAUGGCAUGUCGCGACCUUUAAUAUCGUCUUUAUAUUUGUCAAGGGAUACUAACAUUGCGAAAGUGUCCCAUGAAGUCUCUCAAAUCUCAACCCAUUUCACUCAUAUCAAGCAACUGAAGAAGGGGACUGAGAUGCUCAAGCGCCCGGGCUGA